UACACAUAUAAGUUGUGUUAAAAUGCCAACAAGCUGAAAUUUCAAUAUACAUACAUCUAUCAUAGCCCAUUGUAUGAUGUAAGUAAGUACUAUUUGGAUUGACUGUAUAUAUGUUCUUCUAGAAAAUGGAUCUGUUUCACGUAUUUUUAACAAAGGACUUUUUUUAUAUUUCAGACCUGAGGGAAGAUUUGAUAGGUCUCUACAGAGAAGAGUACCAUACCCUACCACUGUCACCUUUAUUGGAGGAAAAUGACACGCCUCUCCUUGAGUUCUACGUCAUACCAGACAUAGAGUCAGUGGAAAUUCAGAGGGCGCGUGGAGGUGGCAAAGAAAUUAGAUCAAAGGUUACGUCAUUGCAUGAUGUUUUCUACAAGGAAAAUGAACCGUGUCGCAAAAUUUACCUUGCUGCGGAUGCUGGGUUUGGGAAAACAGCAUUAAGUAAACGGCUCGUUUUAACGUGGUGUCAAGCCAAAAACUGUAUCCCAAACGAAGAUGAACAUUUUAAGAAGGAAGACAUUAGUACAAUGUCGAAUUUUGACUUUGUGUUUUUGUUGUCUUUACGUGAUUGUUCCGAAGAAUGGGACAUUGAUGAGAUGAUCAAAAAACAAAUAACUAAUGAUCUAGCACACACUAUUUCAACUAGUGAUUUUGAAAACAUUCUUUCUAAGGAAAGGUGCCUGAUAAUAUUGGAUGGAUUGGACGAAUUCACACACGCAAAAAAUGACAUUCCACACAGGAAAGCUAGGAGGAAUUGUACAAUUCUCACAACAACUAGACCAUGGAAGUUGGGCGUUAGUAAGAUACGUUCAAGUGAAAUAGAGCGAAAGUUGGAACUUAUUGGACUAAGUAAAACGUCUUCUAAAAGAUUAAAGAGGACUGUGAUCUCACUGUUAUGUGGUAAAACUGACAUAGAAAAACAUAUCCAAGAGUUUGAUCGCGCUAUCAGUGAUAGACGUAUUUCGGAUUUGGAAACUAUUCCGCUCUUACUGAUGUAUCUUUUGUGUUUAUGGUGUGAUGGAAUAGAGCUAGGAGCAUCUAGAACUGAGUUAUAUUGUCAGGCUGUUGAACUGCUCCUUAAACGAACGUUUGAAAAAUAUCCCGACAUGCAACAGUCGCGCGAACAGUCCCAGAGUGAUAUCCCACAGUGUUUCAGUGAAUAUGAACAUUGUAAGGAACACUACACAUUUCUGCAAGCUUUAGGACAAUUAGCAUUUGAAACGUUAUUCAGUGAAAACAAAGAAAGCACCCUUGUGUUUAGCCAGUCAGUGACAGAGAAACAUCUAACCCCAGAGUAUUUGAAAUUAAGUCUUAACUCGGGAAUAUUAACACAAAGUACAGAAAAGACACUAACAAAGCAAAUUUCGAAAUUUUCGUUUUCGCACAAAACUGUACAAGAAUUUUUUUGUGCAUUGUACAUUAGCUGUCAAAAUGAAAAUGAUGUCAAAAACAAUGUUCUAAACAAAUGCAAAAGUUUGCAAAGUAUUCUUGAUAUGUCGACAGUGCUUGUUUUCAUCAGCGGAAUGGUGGAUGCAGAAAUCAUUUCUUCAGUAUCACAGGAAUUUCUUUCUGUUAUCAGCGAAGAUAAGAUAACGAGCGAAUACAGAUCAACGACUGAUGAGCGCUGUAAACCUCUGAAAGACAUACAAGACAUGUACAUUUCUUGUAUGAAAGAAAACACGAGCGAUAAGGAACUCAAACUUUUCUGUCAAGAUUUUUUCUUUAGUGAAGAUUGUAAAGAAGAAAAAUACUUUACAUAUUUAGCACAGCUCGCGGGGCACAAUAAAAACAACAUGGCGUCAAUAAAUAUCGACACAGACCGUGGUCGUAGUUUACGUGAAAUUAUCGAUUCUUGCAAUGAAUUGCACGAACUGUUCCAGAUCAAUAAAAUAUACUACCGGGGUGAAGAAGAAAACGCACAGCUUCCUGUACUGUUGGACAAGUCGUCGAAAUGUGUCACUGUUUUACCGCCUUAUCAUCCUCGUGGUUCUUGGAGCCGUGAAAUGUUGGAAACAUUACAGAAUAAUUCUCUGUUACAAGCAAUUUAUAUCGAAGAUUUCAAGAUGAGUCACGAUGUACUGAAUGACUUUCUGAAUUAUAUUAUAAACAGAAAAACAAUGACGGAGAUUAUAUUGUGGGGCUUAGACUGUACCGAGCACAGGCAUUCGUGUACUUUCAGUUUAGAUUUUAGUCAGCAUUCAGAUCUAAGGAAGUUAGAAUUGGGCUUGAUACCUAAAGUGUCACAAUUGAAAGUUAAUAGUCAAGUGAAACACGUGAAGUUGUUCAAUAUCAAUCUAGGUGAAAUGUCGCUGCCUCCUGAAAUGGCGAAUAUUGAAAGUGUUUAUUUGGACAAUGUAAACAUGUCUGCUUCAACAUUGCGUGAUCUCGUUAAGGUAGUGGAGAAACGUUCACACAAAGUCACAGUAACAAUAGACUGGGGGUGUGAGAUAGAACCGAAAACAGAGUUUGAACACGUUAAACAAUAUAUACACUCAUCUCAGAAUUUCCGAGUUAUACCGCAGGAUUAUAGCUGGGAGUUUGUGUUUGAAACAAAUGUUGAAAGUUAAGUUACUAUAUAAACUCAGACUCAUAGUGUAAAUAUUUUGUAAACAUUCCAGUUGAAAUAUAUUACACACAGUUAGACAUAUGACAUAUAUUUGUGUAUAUAAAUACACGCGUGUUAAAAUAGUGACAACAAAAUUUUUGGAAAUGGAGGAAAAAAAUGGAUGUUCCUAUAUACAAGGACUAAUACACAGGUCAGUUUCCUUGAUACUUCAGAUAAAAGAUCAACGCCAACACCUCAAAACUAUAGACGUAUUUCCGGUGGCCAUGCUACGUAUAUAUCGCCAUAAAAUACGUGGAUUUACAAUUGGCCGCAAAUACUUCUGGACCAAAGAUCUAUACUUCCGGUGGCUAGGCUACACACACCAUGAUGUACUUGGCAUCACCUCUUGUUUCCGGCCAUUGGACAAAAAACAUUGCAAGACUUUAAUCGUAUUAUACCAAAAAGUCUGAGAAAAACUGCUUUCAGUUAUAAAUUUUCGUUUUUAGAGACAAAUCAUACUGAAUUUCUUAUUAGUUAGUAAAGAAAUGUCUGACUUUCACUUUUGUUAACACGUCGCUUUUAAACUUUUUUCUUAUAAGAAACGUUAAUAAGUAAAGUUUUGUAUAUACGUUGGUAUUAUGUAGAAGGCUUUCAAAAAGUCACACGCGCUGUCAUAAGUCUUUUUUUUCUCAGAAAGGUUUGAAUUGGCUUCAUUAUGAUGCUAAUUGCUAACAAUGGUUAAUUGUUAUUUUAGGAUAAUAAAAUUAAAAUAUUUGGAAAUUGCCGUUUUAUGGCAAAUACAUGUACAACGAAAUUUGCUGUGUUUGACAUACCGCGGCAAAGAUGGAAUUGUUGAAAUAUUAAAUGCAUUUUGCUCUAAGAAACAAAUACUUUGUGGGGCAUAUUAUCAUGUCGUUUUCAAAAUCACUAUUUGUUUGCAUGGUCCGUAGCCAUAUACUACAACAUCUAUUAUUUUCAGAGGAAAGUCUUCUAAUUAAAGGACUAUUUCUCUAAUAUGACAUGUACUUUUUGUAAAAAAAUAUUUGUUUCUAGCAGACGACUAUUAUAUGACUUAGACUCUCUGUAGAACAUUAUUUGUUCCUAGCAGACGACAUUCAUAUUUACAUUAGGAAGAACAUAUUUUUACGAAAACAUUGUAGAGUCCGUGGCGGACUUUUCAUAAUUUUGAUAAAAAAGUAAAACUGGGAAUCAUUUUUAGCUCGAAUAUUCAUAGAAUAGUAGAGCUAUUGGACUCACCCAUGCGUCGUCGUUCGUGUCCGCGUCCCGAUUUGGUUGAGAUUUUGUAUGUAAGGUGGUAUCUCAGUAACCACUUGUGGGAAUAGAUUGAAACUUCACACACUUAUUCACUGUGAUAAACUGACUUACAUUGCACAGGUUCCAUAACUCUAUUUUUUUUACAAAAUUUUGCCCCUGUUUUCUACUUGGAAUUGUAUUGGUAAAGGUUUUGUAUGUAAGCUGGUAUCUCAGUAUUCACUAAUUAGAAUGGAUUGUAACUUCA